ACGAUGGGGUAUAAACCGUAGGGUUACACGUUCAUAUGUAUGGUGGCGUUCACACAAUGUCCUGUUCACUGGAGCUCGGGGGGGGGGUUAUGGGCGUCCCGUUCACCCUGGUACUGAUGACUCAAGAUAGCGUUACUUAGCGCUUCACACUCCCACGCGCACACUGAAAUCAUCAUAAGGUUAAUGUGACCAUGAGCGAGUUUACUGGCAAGCGGGGUGAAAUUACAGAGCGUGUGGAGCUGCAUGUGUUUUAUGUACCCGAUGAACAGUUUGAUCGGAGGCUGAAUAAAGUAUCAGCUGGAGCUGUGGACACUUUCAUCUCCGCUGGAUUUAUCAGAGUUGAUUCAGAUGUGAGUCUGUCUGAUCUCAGAUCUGAUCUGGGAACAUUUCUUGGGCUGGACAGAAUCGCAGAUAGAUACGUUUUCUUAAAAUGUGUUGGCAGAAGUUUAGCACUGGUUAAAUUCAGACAAGAGGGAGAACUGACAGUAAAAUCCUUCACUCCACCAUUUGCUCCUUUUCCUGAGCUCUACAUUUUACCCAUGGGAGAGAAUGACAGUUGUCUUUGCUCUAGCUCUCUGACCGCUGAUACUUUAAUUAGCAACACUGACAAUCACAGUCACGAUUUGCCCAGACCAACGUGUGUGCCUGGCAACAUAAAAGAGCCCAUUAAAUUCCCCUCAAUCAAUAAAGGAUCUCAGCAGUCUGUCCUAAGGCAGGAUGCAGAGGAGGAUGAGAGUGAUGAAGACACAGGAUCCACUGACACUCCUCAUCUAACACACAGUUUGCAAGAUCAGAUUGGGCCUGUACACAAACAAUCCGACAGACAUCUUGCUAAGCAGGGAGGCUUUUCUCAAGUAGAAAUGAAUACAGCUCCAAAAAAGAAACAUUGUUUUAAAAGAAAAAACAGAAACUCUGGAGCUACGGAGUCAUUUGAGGAUUCUCAUGGACUGGCAAGGAAAUUUAACAGUUGUCUGACACUGAAAUCAAGCAAAGAAAAGACAGAUGAUAUGGUUCUUAUGUGUAGACCAACCUCUCCACUCCCAGCAGAGAGAAGUUCUCCACUGUCUGUCUAUUCCCUUGAACUUUACACACAACAAACAACCACUAAAAAUGAACUGAUAGAGGAAAUCAAGCUUCUCAAAGGGCAAAGGAAGGAGCUUGAACAAACAAGGCAAGAGCUUUUGAAAAAGGGCAGAGAGCUUUUAGCUCUUAACAGACAUCGCAGGAACCAAGCACGCGACCGAUGGAAGAGGCAAUAUUUUGAUACUAAGAAGGCAACAACACUUCUGGAGGACACACUGAAGAGAGUACGCCUUGAACUUCACACCUUCUACAGUAAAAUGCUACAACAAAUCCAAGCCCGGGAUGGUGCAAAACGACAAACAAAAACAAAGAAACAUUCAAGCACAAAGUUAAAGAAUGAGUUGAUAAUCCAGAUUAUGACAGAAAGCAGUGAGAUUGAUAAUCUGAGGAAAAAUGUGGAUGAUGCUAAAAUUAAACUGGCCACAGAGAUCAAGUUGAGAAAGCAAGCUGCCACAGAACUACAGGCCCUGAAAGCAGAACUGAUGCAAAAGAGAGCUCACUUAUAAAGAAACACAGAAUACAUGUCUAUGUGCUAAGCAUUAGGUUUCUUAGAAAUCAGAUUUCUUUGUGGACAAAAGUUGUGAUUCAGCUGAUGAAUUGACUAAUGGUGCAAGGGUUUGUAAGCACCACAGCGUUUAAAUAUUUUGGAGAAACCAACCCAUGGAUGGUGGACCUAUAGUUGAUUGCAUGUUAAGAUGGGUUACGUGAGUAUAUUAAUGCCUAAAAAUGGUUUACUUCACUUUUAACAUUGAACAAAAAUCAUUAUUUUCAGAAAUUAUGUCCCGGAGAAAUGAGCUGUCGAUGAAAACCAUAUUACUUGAUCUUAUUAGGGUUUCUGCAGGUUUUAUGAAGGUGAAUGUAAGCCUUUUUAGAAACCUUUUUAACGAAAAAGUAAAGAAAAUUUAAGGAACAAAUUGAAAGGAAUUGCAAAGUCUACCCAUCUGGCCCAACGAAGGUAUCUAAUGGUGGCUGAAAGCUUCAUGCAUGUUCAGUGUUUUUGGUGUGCAAAGUGAUUUAAUUAAAAAUACAUUUUAAUCUGGUUUCAUUUUAUCAUAACCUCGAAUUUAGAUUUUAAAGCAAGUUGUUUGACCAAUUUUUAAUUAUUAUUAUUCUCACACUUGAUUAUUCUAGUUAAACCUUUAUAUUUUACUUGUUCAUUAGGAAUCUAUUUUGCUCAGAGUGUCUCGGCCGUUAAAUGUAUCAUGCCAAUUACAUAGUUCAAAGAAAAUUAAUACAAGAUAUCAAAUGCAAAAAAAGAUGAAUCUGAAAGUAAAAGAUGGAUACCUGAUUUCAGAAAAAUAAAUAGUGUGGAAUGUAUAGACACCACACUACAGGCUCAUCUAGCUACAGAAUCGACCUGAUCUUUUUGCAACAUUUCCUAGGACCAAGACAAACAUCCUCCAGAUGCAGACAGGAACUAACAACUGAAAUUUGCAUUGAUCAAGUCCUAGACAUCGAGAGUUUACACGUUUUGGGGACAGAUUAUUUGGAUGAAAGACACUUGGAAAGGGCACACCCCCUACAGUCAGGAAAAAUAUCUAUAAACUCUUAGAAUCUUUAUUAGCUUUUAGUUUAUUUCCUGUAAGACUGAGACCAUUGUACCAGUCACACUGAUAAAUUUCAAAUGAUACCAAACAUGAUGUGAAUAUCACUUGAAUUCAUGUAGAACAUUAUAUUUAGCUAUUGACCAUUCUGAGUGGCAUUAAUUUGUCCAUUAACAACUGUAUUUGUGCAAGAUGUUGCACUACACAUAACUGUUAUUGAGAAUAUUCUUCUGAAUUAGUAUUUGAUGGGUGAAAAUCCAAUUUUAAGGUUUUAAGCUAUGCAUCUGGAGGUUCUAAGGAAUUUUUAUGGCAGUCACAGGACACAACUAUAGGAAUCAGUCUCUAGAUGGGUGAAGGGCAGAAACUGCAUGUGGACCAAUGGGAUGUUAGUAUGUCCUUAGUGGCUUAGUACCAGAGGUCUUCUUCUUGCCCUCUAAGAAGUGUUUGGCCAUUGUCCUAGCAUCUCUGUCUGAUGGCAGACAGUUUAUUUCUGUUUGUCCACCAAGAUCCAAUCAAAAUGUAGCUAACCUUUGUCCAUUGUUGUUGUCAGAGAGGGGCCCCACCAUAAAAAUGGGCUCUGGAAUGUGCUUUUCACCAUAUUAGAGAGCACCCUGUGUAAAAAAACAAACAAA